GGCUGUCAAGACAACAUAGGUGGCACCCUGUCCGGCAGCUCACCUGUACUGAAUUCUUAGCAGGCCUGCGGGAUGGCUCAAGCUGACAGCAAAGUGCUGGUUCUGGGCGCGUUAGCAGGAGUGGCCGGCAUCGGCUUGGCUGUGGCGUGCUACCAGGGUUUUCGGUACAAACGCAGAAACUCGUGUCCCGGGCUCCACAUGAGCCGCACAUAUGAGCAGGGUUCCGGCGUCAUGUUGGUGGACGGUGCCGGUGUGCCCCGGGGUCAGGCUGAGGUGCUGGAGCGCCUCGAGGCCCUGCUCAGGUGUGUGUCGGAGCUGAAGGAUGAGAUGAAGGCGUUGAAGAAUGCUCUGCCAACACUGCAAGAACAGGUCAGGGACGAACUGAAGGGACGGCGAAGCAGCCCGCUUCACAGGACAACACCAACAAGAAGGAAAAGGCCUUCAGGCAACGCUGCCAUUGCUGGAGCGGAAGGCCGAAGCUCAGAGGAAGCUGAGAGUGAGGGAGGGUACAUAACGGCGCUGACGGACUCGGACGAAGAAGACGAGACCAGCGACGCUGAGCAGAGGGACGAGGAGGAACCUGCGUGCGAGCUGUCGGCGCUGCUGGAGAGAAUCGACUGUUUGCAUCAGGGCAGCGAGUCGGACAAAAGGGAAAGUCUGGACAUCCUUUUGGAGAAAAGAGGGGAGUUUGGGCAGAAUUCAGCAUUUCUUUGGCGGCUGGUCCGCGCUUACUGCGACAUUCACGACAUCAGCGCCACCCUGGAGGAGAAGAAGACCCACGCAGAAACCGGGAAGUUCGUUGGCGAGGAGGCCGUGAGCUUAAAUCCGACAUGCGCCGAAAGUCAUCAGUGGUAUGCCAUCAUGUGCGGGAUCAUGGCCGAGUACGACACGGUGCAGAACAAGAUCAAGAACGGCUACAUCUUCAAGGAUCAUCUGGAUAAAGCCAUCGAGCUGAAGCCGCAGGACCCCAUGUCCUACUACCUGCUGGGCCGCUGGUGCUACGCUGUUGCUCAGUUGUCGUGGAUUGAGAGGAAAGUUGCCGCCACUCUUUUUGGAGAGCCACCAAGUGCCACAGUCGAGGACGCGCUCAAGCAUUUUCUAAAGGUCGAAGAGAUCCGUCCUGCUUAUUCGAAACUCAACUAUGUGUUUCUGGCUAAGUGUUUUAAAGAUCUGGGACAGAGGGAGAACGCCAAGAAGAUGUGUGAAGCUGCUCGUUCAAUGAACACCGUCUCCAAGGAGGACAAAGAAGCCCAAAAGGAACUGGAAUCCCUCUGCCCGGCCCUUGGAGUGUGAGAAUGGCAGUGGAAACUGAUUUCCCAUCUGCUAUGGGCUCUUUGCCGGUGUGUGAGAGGGGGAGUGUGUAGAUGUAGCUAAUGUUGACGUGACUGCCGUGUUAAUUCACUCUGUGAGUGUAAGGAGGGAUGUUUUGGUAUGGUGUGAAUGACCCAUGGGAGCGAUUGCCCACCACAUUUAACCAUCCUUUGCACUUUUUAGUUCAGACUCGUGCUCAAGUGUGUCGGAAGUUAAACGAACCGGAGGUCCAGAUCAAGAGGGCACACAUCUUCAUCUUUGUUAGAACAAUCAUGACUUUUGGAGUCGAUCUGGCCGGGAUUGUGCGUCUUUAGACUCAUUUUAAGUUUGAGCUGAGAGGAUUUUAACCAUGAAACAUUUUGCACAUUAACAGACUACGAUUUAAGAGUGCUAGAGGUGAUGUGUAGAUGACAAAAAAAAGCAGGCGGGAGACAUUACACCGACAUCAAACAGGCUUCUCGCUGCCCUUUAGUCAACCCUAACCUGCUUGGAAAUGCAUGGAUAGCCAACAGAUCAUUUUAAGUUUAACAACUUACACGCAACACUACUAAGGAAUAAUUACAUUUAGUUUAGUUCAAGUUUAGCUUUGAAGAUAAAUCCUAAAACUCUUGUUUGACUUGCUCCUUGGCAAUCAAACAGAUAUAAAACACGGUUUGUCUGGGAGUCGUUUCAGGUCCGUCCAGUCGUAUCCAAAGGCAUUUAGAUUACUAAUGUCCCUUUGGAAUCAAUCACAAAGACUAAAUUCGCGCUCCGCAUUCAUCAGUGCCAAGAUAGGUGAGCUUACCCCGACCUGCUUUGAAUGUGAUGAAAGAAAUAAAGGCCGGAAUAAAGCUUGCUCCCCACUUUAAUAUCUGUCACUGACAUUCUUCACAUAGUGAUCUAUGACACAAGCUGUUUGCCAGGAUUAAGUGGAGCUUUGCAGUAGUUCAGGCAGGUACGAGGAGCCGCUUCCACGUUCCUUUCUGCACAAUCACUCCCAGAUUUAUUCCGUCUCGUUCGCUUUUUCGGCGCUUCGUAACCGAGAGAUGUGAUUUUAAGAAAAAAGAAAGAAAACAUGGGCUUUUUCAUUUUGUGGGUAGGAAUAACUGAGUUGGAGGAAAUGUGUCGGUUGUGGCUGCGAACCAGAACAAAUCUGAUUUCUUUUCAAACUGAUUUUCAUGUGGAAAUGUUGGUUACACUACAUUUCGGAUCAUAUUUAUGUUUCAACUGAAAAUCACCUCAGGUGUUUUAGACUUAUUUUUAAUCAAUAUUUAAUUGUUUCAUAUUAUUUCAACCUGCUGAAAAGAAUGAUAAGAAUAAUUUUUAUUUGUUGUUUUUUUAUACACUGUGAAUGUACUAGAAUUUUUUUUUUUUAUGCCAAAGUGAUUUUAAUGUUCCUCGAGCUUAUUCCUGAUUGCGAUUAUACUGUGCAGUGUCAUGCGGUGUGUACUGAAUGAUUAAUGGUUCAGGAGUCUGUAAUUAAACCUGUGAAAUCCUGAAA